CGUGGCUGGGUCCCCGUGGCUCCCCUGUCCCUGUGACUUAUUUCCCGCAGCUUCGGGUGCGAAAUCUUUUUGCUUGUGUUUUGGCUGGGCAGUUAAUAGAAAUGAAGUGGAAAGUCUCAUCAAGCUCUUUCACACGUUGGCGGCUGAGUCCAGGGAUCGAUUUGCUGCAGCUGGCAUAGAUCGUAACAUGUUCAGGAACAUUCUGCACUGCACGUUUGGCAUGACGGAUGACAUGAUUAUGGACAGAGUAUUCCGUACUUUUGAUAAAGACAACGACAGCUGCAUCAGUGUGAUAGAAUGGGUGGAAGGCUUAUCCAUAUUUCUUCGGGGGACAUUAGAAGAAAAAAUGAAAUACUGUUUUGAAGUUUAUGAUCUGAAUGGAGAUGGAUACAUUUCACGAGAGGAAAUGUUUCAUAUGCUGAAAAACAGCCUGCUCAAACAGCCAUCAGAAGAAGAUCCUGAUGAGGGAAUUAAGGACUUGGUAGAAAUAACACUGAAGAAAAUGGACUAUGAUCACGAUGGCAAGCUUUCUUUUGUGGACUUUGAAAAAGCUGUCAGAGAUGAAAAUCUUCUCCUGGAAGCCUUUGGACCGUGUUUGCCAGACAUAAAGGGCAGUAUGGCAUUUGAACGGAAAACUUUCCAGGAAACUACUGGACUGUAGCUCCAGCUGGUGAAAGUGUUGUAAGAGUUCUUUUUCUUAGUGGCUCUUCAUGACACAGUAAAAGUAGGAAUAACUCAAAACUUACUAAAUGUUAAUAUUCCUUUACUGUAAAAGCUACUGAAUAAAUAGAGGUUGCUUACAUUAAGUAAAUACAGUUCUUUCACGAGAAGCACACAGGACAAGAUUGCUACAGCUAUGUAAGUAACAUUACUGUAAUUGUUCAUCCCAAGAAAAAAAUAUAUAUACAAUUUUAACAGGGAAUUGCUUUGAAAUACAGUAUAAAACAUUAUUU